AUGCGAAUAUCAGAACGGAAAACCUACGACUGUGAACCGACGAUGACAGAUACUCAGGUGCUAGAGUUCUGUAAGAAUGGGUAUCUGAUGCUUGAGGGUGUUGUCCCCGAUGAUGUCAAUCGCAGGACGAUGGAAUACUGCGACCAACACUCCAAUAUGGAGCCAAGCGGCAUCCUGAUGGAAGACUGGUUUGUUGAGAAUGUGAUAGUUCAUCCGGCAGCCGCUGGUGCUGUGCGUUCCCUUCUGGGGGCUAACUUUCAUCUGCCAAUACUGAUGAGCAACCAUCGUGUACAGUGCCCCAUUCAGACUGUGGGUGGGUGGCAUGUGGAUGGUAACUAUCACUACACGCACGAACUCAACUUUUUGCAGGUUUUCUACUACCCACAGGAUACGUCCAUUGAAAUGGGUCCGACACAGAUUGUGCCUGGCACUCAUCUUGUGCGAAACAAGGCAAGGUUCAUGGGACAUUUGGCUAACAUCAAGGGGGCUAUCCCCACCACUGCACCCGCCGGUUCCAUAUUCCUGACCGUAUACCACAUCUGGCAUCGGCGCGGACCGUCAACCGCUUCGGGCAUCCGCAACCUACUCAAAUACUUCUACUGGCGCACAACUCCGCCACAACGGGACUGGGCGAUCGAGCCGGAUUUCGAUUUUGCGACCGCUCAAUACACUGGUCCUGGCGGGGCGUAUAUGGAGCAGUUCCGCGACACAAUCAAGGUAUCGGAGAUGUUCUUAUGGCUCUGUGGCCGCCACAAAUCGUUCCAGAAUCUGGGUGGGCAAAGCUGGCCCCUGCCCGCAGAUCGGAAUGAUCUUCCCUACGGCUUCCCUGCAGGACUCCCUCAACCCCAAUCUGUUGAGUUGUAA